GCAUACUAUUUUUAUUUAGACACAAACAUUGGUAUUUGCAUGCAUCGAAAUUCGAAAAAAGGCGAAAGAAACAAAAACUGAUAAAAAAGAAAAAUCGGAGUGAGUGUAGAAAAUAGGAAGCAAAAAAAAAAAAAAUGCCUCAGAGUCGAUUUUCAGGAUCAUUGAUUUCUCCUAAAGUGGAUCUAAGCAUUGAUUUGGGAAACCCUUUUCUAAAUCACACUGUUGAUGCUUUCUUGAAGAUCGGCACUGUUGCUGCUACCAAAACUGUUGCUGAAGAAACUUAUGGGAUAGUCGCUAGAGGUAGUGUUUCGAGUCACAACUUUGAGAAAUCGUUGAAGAAAAUGUGUAAAGAAGGUGCUUAUUGGGGGACUGUUGCUGGGGUAUACGCUGGAGUGGAGUAUGGAACGGAGAGAAUUCGUGGAACCAAAGAUUGGAAGAAUGCUAUGAUUGGGGGCGCGUUGACAGGAGCUCUCGUAUCUGCUGCAAGCAACAACAACAGAGAUAAGAUUGUAAUGGAUGCCAUUACAGGAGGUGCUGUUGCUACUGCUUCUGAGUUCCUUAAUUAUCUCACAUAAAUUUACUUACCAAGCUGCUAAAGACACUGUUCUUAGUAUCUAGUUGACUACGUUUAACUCGAUCUACAAUUUACCUAAUCUUUCCCAAUAAUUGUCAUGCCUGAGGGUCUAUCGGAAACAAUCUCUCUACCUCCCAAGGUAGGGGUAGAGUUUGAGUACACAUUACCCUCUUUAGAUUCCACUUGUGAAAUUAUACUGGGUAUAUUAUUGUUAUAUUGGAUUUUGAGAUGCGUUUAAUGGGAGCAACAUGAAUACUGAGGAUUCAUUCGAUGUA